AGACUGGGGUUGUGUAUUUUAUCAGCGAUUGACAGAUAGCUGAUAGGUCCACACCGUUAAGUUCAUUUCUCAUUGAAUUUUCAUUUCCUCACAGAGAUCUCCAUCACUCACUUGUCACCAUGCUUCGACUGAGAUCCGGGCUUUGCCAGUCUUGGAGGGGGUUUAAGACCUUCCCCUGCGCUGCCGUGGAGGUGACGAAUGAGCCCAUCCUGGGCUUCGAGGCAGGCUCCAAGGAAAGGGCGGAACUGGAGAAGGCCCUUGCCAAUCUAAAAGGGAAGACCGAGGAGAUCCCUUGUGUGGUUGGAGAUGAACAUGUGUGGACCAAGGACAUCAGAUAUCAGCUGUCUCCCUUCAACCAUUCACAUAAAGUGGCCAAGUUCUGCUAUGCUGAUAAGGCACUCUUGAACAAAGCCAUCAAUGCGGCGGUGGCGGCGCGUAGAGACUGGGACCUGAAGCCAGUGGCUGACCGUGCACAGAUCCUCUUCAAGGCCGCAGAUGCCAUCAGUGGACCCAGGAGGGCAGAGGUGCUGGCCAAGACCAUGAUAGGCCAGGGUAAAACAGUGGUUCAAGCUGAGAUUGAUGCUGCUGCAGAACUUAUUGACUUCUUCCGCUUCAACGCCAAGCACGCCAUCGAGCUACAGUAUCAACAGCCUUUGAACACCGAUAUCAGCACCAACACUAUGCUAUACCGUGGCCUGGAGGGGUUCAUUGCCGCUGUCGCCCCCUUUAACUUCACUGCGAUUGGUGGAAAUCUGGCAGGAACUCCUGCCCUUAUGGGUAAUGUGGUGCUAUGGAAACCCAGCGACACGGCAAUGUCAGCCAGCUACGCCGUGUACAAGAUCAUGCGGGAGUGCGGCCUUCCCCCCAACAUCGUCCAGUUCGUGCCUGCUGACGGACCUGUGUUUGGAGACACCAUCACUGCCUCCGAGCACCUGGCCGGCAUCAACUUCACCGGCAGUGUCCCGACCUUCAAGCGCUUGUGGAAGCAGGUGGCCCAGAAUCUGGACAUCUACAGGAACUUUCCUCGAGUGGGUGGAGAGUGCGGCGGUAAGAACUUCCACUUUGUGCACUCGUCUGCCGACGCCCACAGCGUGGCCAUGGGCACGAUCCGCUCUGCGUUUGAGUACGGAGGGCAGAAGUGCUCCGCCUGCUCUAGGAUGUACGUGUCCGAAAGCCUCUGGCCUCAGAUCAAGCAGGAGCUGCUGGACAUCCACAAGCAAAUGAAAGUGGGAGACCCAGUUGAGGACUUUUCGACUUUCUUCUCUGCUGUCAUCGAUGAUAAGUCAUUUGCACGCAUCAAGAAGUGGCUGGAUCAUGCAAAGUCCUCUCCUAACCUGAAAGUGAUUGCUGGAGGAAACUGUGAUGACAGCAAAGGCUACUUUGUGGAACCUACCAUCGUUGAGACCAAGGACCCAAAAGAUGCCAUCAUGAGUGAGGAGAUCUUUGGGCCGGUUCUCUCAGUUUACGUGUACCCUGAUAAAGACUACAAAAAGGUGCUCAACUUGAUUGACACCACAUCACCGUAUGCACUGACUGGAGCUGUUUUUGCCAAAGAAAAGAGUGUUGUAGAAGAAGCAGGCAAAGCUCUGAGGAACGCUGCAGGAAAUUACUACGUCAACGAUAAAUCCACCGGCUCCGUUGUGGCCCAACAGCCAUUCGGUGGCGCUAGAGCAUCAGGUACCAAUGACAAGCCAGGUGGACCACACUACGUGUUGCGAUGGACCUCUCCCCAGGUUGUGAAGGAGACACAUGCCCCACUCUCGGAAUGGAAGUACCCCUACAUGGGUUGAAAUGGACCUACCAUAAAUGCCCGCCAGCCUCUAUCCCUUCCUCUCUCUCAUGGACCUUUCCCCACAAUCACCUUCUCCUCCCUCCCUCCCCUCCCUCCAAUCAAGACUAAAUAACAAAUCCCGAAUCCUUCUUUGACCCGAGCUCCAUCUUUGUCCCUAAUGACCUGUUCAACCAGAAAGUCCAUCCAGUGGUCUUAAAUCAGAAUGCAGAGAUGGUCGCUCCCUGGUGCGGCGAAUCGAAGCUCUAAACUGUCACUCUGCUGAGAUGAGAGACGAGCUCAGCAGCUAAUAGCAGAAUAUCUUUGGGACUUUAGCCUUAACCUCCAGGCCUGUCUUCUGUGUAGGUGACUCCCACCAACAACUCGCCAUCUGGGAGAGCUUUAGGUGUAGCAUGCUGUAGCUGCUCCUCAUAUACUGUAGCGUGAAGGAAUGGCUCAGUCUUCUGAAGGUCCGGUUCUUUCAAGAUGCACUGAAGGUGUUGGUCUACUCUGUGCUCCUCUAUCUGGUCUUGUUAGAAGGGAUGGCAAAUGAAAGUCUGGCAUUGAUCUAAAGGUGCAGUUUGUAAUUUGUUAUCAAAGUAACAAUUGUCUCUAAACCUUCUGUGGUUUUGCUAAUCUGAAGGCAGGACAGUUUCUCAAUAUUCCCCUGCAUUUUUGUAUUGUUUUAUUUGAAUGUGUUUUAGCUAUUACAUUGUAUAUACUUAUUUGUCAUUGUCCUUCAUAUCAUAGGUCUACGCUCAUUGAUAUUUUUUACAACAAAAUUGUAAAUUUACUGCACCUUAAACUUUCUGCCAUGGUACAAGGAAGAAGGUUAGGGAUGACAAUGUUAUAUUUUUAAUAAUAUUUCAUUGUCUUCUGCUUCAAACAUAUGCACCCCAUGCUAUUACAUUUUGGUUUGAUUCUCAGUAUGUGCUAAAUUAAUAAAUUAACUCUUAAUUUUGUUACUCAAAACAUGGGGAAAAGUCAUCUGUAUUACCGGUACAUGUAUUACAGUAAGAAUCUGAAAUAUUGGAUAGAAAAUGACCAAAGGUUCUACAGAUGUCCUGCAGAAUAUAUUCACCCCUGGAUGUUGAACAAAUUUUCUAUAUAGUACCCGACACUGAAAUGGACCCAAAUCUGAGCUGGUAAUUCAGCAAUGUUCAUUAUGACCCUGAUCUUGUGCAGCUAGUGCAAGCUUAUCUCUGUUACAUCUAAGGCCGAUCUGUUACAGCAGCCAGCCUGAUGCUGAUGCCGAUUCGCUCUGACUUACUUCACACUGGUCUCUUGUAUAUCAGUCUUCAUCCGCUGUAUGCCUGAGGUUUGCAACUGUGAAAUACACGUUAAUAGGCGACAUGCAAAUAGUUUCUUAACAAUUAUGUUGACACAGAAUGGGAAAAAAAUCUGCUACUUGAAAUAUGCAAUUAAUGUAAUGAUGGACAGUCAUUCAUUUUAGCUAAGUUUAGAAAUUAAUUAUUGAUGUUUCUGUUUUUCUCAUCCAAGUAAUUUUGGAGAAUAGUGCCUAUCUUGAAAUGGUCUCCCUGGACCUUGAUCAUGUUGUGUUUCUUGAAUAUCUGACAGAAAAUAUGUGAAUGUAUGUGAUUAAAAUGGGAAUUGAAUUCACAGAA